AUGGCACAUGAUGAUGAUGAUGAUGGCGACGAUGGUGAUGAUGAUGCUGAGGUUAUUCCGAAGGCUGAGAGCGAGGCUUCAUCCUCCGAGCAAGAAAUCCAUGAAAAGGAAGAAGUGGAUGAUUUCACACGAGUGACACCUAAGCUUCUCAAAGUAGUGUCGGCAUUGGACAUAGGACAAUCUCUGUCAAAAGAAAUCUCUCUUAUACAUAUAGGGGGAGACACUGAUGAUAGUACGGAUGAAGCUGAUGACAUGGAAGUUUAUAAAGAAUGGAUGGAAUAUGCCGAAGAAGAGCAAGGCCCUGAGUCGGCCGAAGAAGGAUUCCACACAAUGGAGUGGGUAAACAACAUUGGGAAUGAUAAUAGUGAUGAUCCCACCGAUCUCAUCCAACCAAUUUUGUUGAGUGACGAUGAAAGUAGAGAUGAUGAGGAGAUAUCAUCCCCUGAAGCUCCAAGAGGAGAAUGGACUGUGUCUAGAGAAGACUUUGAUCGUUGGAGCAUGAGUAUCUUUUAUCAGACGUCAGACAUACUAGACAUCACCACUAAUACUCAGGAAAUCCUCUACAAGGCCACUUCCCUAUUCCCGAAUUUGGUGUGCAGUAGUUUUGCAACACGAUGUGAAAGGCUAGUAAUGCCAAACGAAAAUGACAUACUUGCUCGGACUCUACAUAAGUUAAAGAAUAUGGCUUGGCUGGCCAAUGCCCUGGCACAUGAUCUUUUCAGAGACCCUCCAGAAGAUCUUGCACUCUUCUUGGAUACUCUAUCAUACCCCGAACCUCUAAGGAGAAGUGAAGUGUGGGAAGCAUGGGUCAAUGACAUCAAUCUGGGAGAAUCUCACAUUGACCCGACAGAUAACAUCCAUCCUAUGGAGAUUGACAAUGGAGAGGACUCAGGAAGAGAAGAUUCAUCCAAAGAAAAUGAAAGCGAACAGGAAUUUGGACCCAGAGAGUUAGACGAUGAAGAGUCAGAACGGUGGGAAGAAUCUGAAGAAGAGAGUUCUGAUGAAAGGGAAGAGCCUUAUCGGCCGGUGACAUGUCUUGACAAGUACGAGAAUAUUUGUGGGCCAACACCAUAG